GUGGGACAGGAAGAUGAGAGACACUAGGUUCGAUCACGUAUGGUUAAGAACGUAAGCGGUCUCGUGAGAGACGGUGAGCAGAUCAUCUGUGUCUCUUUUCUAGAAGGUAUCGCGUAACCUAUUCGUGUAGGUAGGACCAGUAGACGAUAUGUAUAGGUAGGUGCAUACUUAGUCAUCGUAACUUGAUGGAAUGAAAGAUCAAUUGAGCUUCUGAACUGUGCGCUACAUCUCUUCCUCAUAACAAUCGUAAUAAUUAGUCCUGCCUUUCGCACUUAUAUGAAUAUUCUGAAUUAAACUUGAAAUUUGAUCUCCUGUCACUGAAAUACAAUAUGAUCUUCAUGAGAUUUGACUGUAACGUUAGACACCAUGAACCAUGUGUGUUCGUCUGCUCUUUACGCCGACUCAACGCGGCUGAGUAGAGACGGGUCGCAUGCGCCCAGUAUUCUGGAAACACAACAUGAACUGAAUGAAACUCCCCCGCCGCGAAAUGCAGCCAGUUUCGGUAAGCAGCCUAGAAGUGCCGACCCAUAGAUGUGCUCAUGUAAGCUUAUAUACACAUGUGUGUAGGACAUGCCAUGCCAGCGUGCGACGCUAUUAGUACUACAUACCAUAGAAGUUGCGAAAUCUCAUUUCACAAACGAAACGCCGGCAAGGACGGAAAAGGCCGCGUGUUGCUAUGCUCUCUUGUUUCAAAUUGGCGUUUUGUCGUCUUUGGCAUGGUGCAAGCUGUGUACCAGAUGUUCUAAUUAUAAUACUAUGGAAUCUCAGCUCGGUGGCCCGAUGAAUCAGGUUGGAGCUCCUUGUCAGAUCUCUGUUUCGCGUCUCUGUCUGUACCUCUUCUAGUAGUGCAUAGUCCUGCAUAGACAUGUAUAUAUAUAUAUAUAUAUAUAUAUGUACAUACCUGUAUAUUCUUUUGUAUAUGUUUUUUUCUAAGAUGAAUCUCGUCUUUGAGAAGACGAUAGAUAUUU